UCAAUCGAUAAUCGAUUAUUCAUGCAUAUGCGUGCGUGUUUAAACUGCUUACUGGUCGAUCUUAUAUCAUUUGAACUUACGGUGAAGGGUGCUUACACAAGAACUGAUGAUGACAGGAGCGCUCCUGAUUCUGCUUUUUGCAACCCUUGCCGCUUCUGAAACAUGUGAAUCUCUCCAUGCAAAGAAAGUUGAUGCAUAUCAUGACGAGAGAAUUUCCCAGUCAGUUAUGUGGACUCUAAACAAUCUGACCAAGGCUGAAUGUAUGAAGGUGUGUCAAAGGGAAAAGUAUUGCGUCAGUUUCCACUUCAGUCCAUCGGAACCAGUUUGUGUGGCAUUACGGGAACGGUUUGAAGGAUCCAGCGUUCCCUCCGUCAAGGCCCUUGGCUAUCAACUCUUUCAAACCAAUAAACCUUUGGCCAUAGUAGGGUCAGAAUGUGAGCUAGACGUGGACUGUGCUUCCCUCACUAACUCCCACUGUAACGAGGGGGUCUGCAGGUGUGACGCGGGCUACGGGCCGGACGGAGACAUUUGCCGCAUCCUCACAGAAUGCUCCACCUUCAGCGAUAACUUAACCCUGUACAGGUCGUUUUUCAUAUCCAGCCAAUACUUCCUCAGCCAAGGAACAUCUACCUACGAAUCAUGCCCUGCGCUCUGCAUCAGCAACAACAAGUGUAAGUCGGCUGACUUGGACUUUGUUGGAAAAAUCUGCUACCUGAAUGCGCACACAUGGCUAGGAGCGCUUGUAUCCUCGCGCAUAAAGAACAGCCCAAUAUUUGAUUUCUUCCAGCGAGAGUGCCUUUGGUAAAUCACCUGAGAACUGCAAUUAAAUAUUCCAAAGCGGAGUGUUUGAAUAAGUUAAAAGAUGUAAUAUUAUCCCGAAAAAACGUAAUUUCCUCAGUGUUUGCAAAAAGUAUUGUUCCUUAAAUUACAGGAACUCUUGAAAACGAUGUUUUGUGAAAUGAAAACGAUUGUUCAAAAAUGAAUUUAGGAAAUAGCCUGAAACAAAAUUCCGAAGCAUAUGGUCGGUGCUUUGUUCACAUAAAUAUUAAAAAUAGAGCAAAUUAUAUCGUGUGAAUAUGAAAAACAAAAACAGUAAAAACCUAUUUGAA